AUGGUCUCUGCCGCACCAGCAACAGCACCACCAGCACCCGCCGAGGAAAUGAAACCCGCCGUCAUCCUUUCCAUGAAGCACGCGAUGAAUGUGACUUCGAUCAAGAACCUCGUUGCCAAGGGCCAAGCCCGACUCAACAAGAUCAAUGGCGGUGCCGAUAUUGUUGCACGUGAUGGCUCGGGCACGGUGAUUAACGAUAUUUCGUCUUAUCUUGCUCCGAUGUCGAUUGGUGGGAAGACGUGGGAUCUCAUUGUUGAUACUGGAUCUUCCAACACCUGGUGCGGUGCCCAGUCCCGCUGUGAGGGCACUUCCACAGGAAAGAGCACCGGAGGCCGCGUUUCCGUCAGCUACGGUAGCGGAUCCUUCUCCGGCAGCGAGUACACCGACGUAGUUGAGUUUGGUGGCCUCACGGUGCGCUCCCAAUCGAUUGGCGCCGCCAGUUCCGCUCAGGGAUUCCAAGGUGUCGAUGGUAUUUUGGGACUGGGACCCGUUGAGCUCACCGAGUCGACUGUUUCCAACGUCAACUCUGUCCCAACAUUCAUGGACAACCUCUACAAACAAGGCAGCAUCUCCACCGAAGUCCUCGGCGUAUACUUCGCCCCCGUCUCCGGCAGCGCCACCAGCGCCAGCAACGGCGAACUCACCCUCGGCGGCGUCGACAGCUCCAAAUACAGCGGCUCCCUCACCUACCUCUCCAAAGCCCGCUCCGGCUCCUCUUCCCCCUACUGGGGCCUCACCUUCUCCUCCUUCACCCUCGGCAACACAAACCUCGGCGGCAGCAACUCCGCCGGAAUCGUCGACACGGGAACCACACUCAUCUACAUCCCGACAUCCGCCUACAACAAAUUUUUGUCUUCUGCAGCCUCGGGGGGUACAACAGAUUAUUCUUCGGGUCUCGCAGCAUUUAAUUCUCGCCCCUCGGCCGAUUUUAGUUUUACUGUUGCGGGAAGCAAAUUUACGUUGUCGCCUGAGCAGUAUUUGGUGCCGCAGGCGCAGUAUGCGAAUUUUGGACUUGAGCAGGGGAAGUAUUAUGCGUGGAUUAAUGAUGGAGGUGCGAGUGGUGUGAAUACGAUUAUUGGGCAGAAGUUUUUGGAGAAUUAUUAUUCGGUUUAUGAUACUACGAGGGGCAGGAUUGGGUUUGCGAAGCGUCGUUAG